UGCUCAUGUUGCUGCUGUCAGAAACACCCGCCUUCGUGCUUAUUUCCAUAUCGUGUGCCAGCGCUAGGAUCCCACAUAUUCAGACGACAUAAAAUCUUCAACAUUUUUACCCAAUUCCCACCGGCGAAUCCUUUCCAGUCUAAGAUAUCUUGCGUGAUACAAGUGAAGGAAGAUAUUCUGAGGGAAAAAUCCGCUAUUCUGUGGGAAAUAUCUUUAGUUUUGCGACAGAGAAGAAGAAAAUCAGUGGCAGAGAGGCAGUGGUGAUAUAGAACAACCGGCAUUUCUGGAGAAAGAGGUGCACAGGAAGGGAAUGUCACAACUACAACCCCUGAAUUGGAGGCCUUUCAUCCUUGGAGGACUUGCAUCAUGUACAGCAGAGUUUGGGACCUUUCCUAUAGACACCACCAAGACAAGGCUACAAGUCCAAGGCCAGAUUGCCAUUGAAGAUGCCAAGUUCAAACAAGUCAAGUACAGGGGCAUGCUCCAUGCCUUCAUCAAAAUUACACAAGAGGAAGGGCUCAAGGCACUGUACUCUGGCAUUGCCCCAGCUAUCCUGAGACAGGCUUCCUAUGGGACCAUUAAGAUAGGGACAUACUACUCUCUGAAGAGAGCUUUCACCGAUAAUCCUGAAGCCACAAAAUUCCAUGAGGGUCCAAGGGAUUUAGCAACAGUUGAUGUUAAACCAGAAUUUGCAUUGGACGUUAAGAAACCAAAAAAAGAGAGCCUGGCAGUGAACCUUUUCUGUGGAAUGGCUGCUGGUGUCAUCAGUUCUUCAAUUGCAAACCCCACUGAUGUACUCAAGGUGAGGAUGCAGGCUCAGGGAUUGGCCUGUAUGGGCAAUGGCAGUAUGAUGGGAGCUUUCAUGACUAUAGCACAGCAGGAGGGAACAAGAGGGCUGUGGAGGGGUGUCGGGCCUACAGCACAGAGAGCAGCAGUUGUUGCAGGAGUCUUGCUGUCUGUUUAUGACUGGAGCAAGAGCAAAGUGUUGGAGUCCAAACUGUUGGAAGACACUGUGUUCACACAUUUCAUAUGUAGUUUUGUUGCUGGUUUGGCUGGGACAGUGGCUUCAAACCCGAUUGAUGUAGUGAAGACCCGAAUGAUGAACCAGAGAGCCCUGAAAAAUAAUCAAAAUGCUUCUACAAUCUACAAAAACUCCUGCGACUGCCUUAUCAAGACUGCAAGACACGAAGGAGUAAAGUCAUUGUACAGAGGUUUCGUCCCCAACUGGUUGAGACUCGGCCCAUGGAACAUUAUUUUCUUCAUCACAUACGAGCAGCUCAAGAGACUCAACAUUUAAGCAGGCCUUCGUCACCAAGACGCAGGCGUACUUGUACCUACAGACGAGGCAAUGUCACUGUACAGACAGCAAUAUACAAUGCAAGACUCUGCUACUUAGCUAAUAAGGCAAAUCUUUCUUCAAUUCGAAGAGUUGAGUUCAGCACAAAACUCUGGUGGCCGAACCUUGAAAUAAAAUAAAACCAAGCUAUUCAAAUUUGGAAGCAUCUACAACAAUUAAAUAUCACAAGGCAAAAACAGUUACAUCAAUUUAUCAAAGAAUUAGUAUUCUUUUGGACAUAGCAUUCAUCAAGGUAUAGUGCUGGACUUGAUUCUUGGUACAAAAAAAGUUGGAUUUGUUCAAAGUUCCUCAUGUUAAUGUUUUGACAUUUUUUUAAUGCAAAGAUAAAAUACUUGUACCACUUUAAUCUUAUCCCUGCUGCCUAACCCCGUAACCAUUAAAAACUUGGUGCUUAAAGGCUACUUGAGCAAGGAGAAGGUUAACAUGAGAUCUGCUAAGAGAAGUUGUUCUUUUGGAAAUGGCAGUUGUGCCCAGCUGUCCUAUGGUAAAACACAAAAAAAAGUUAUUUUUAUAUGUUUUGACAUGUUUGUAGAGGUAGAUUCGUCAGAAAGUACACAGGAUCAAAAAAGGAUUUUGCCAUUAUAGCAGGCAGUAACGUAGGGGUAGCUUCACACCACAAAAGAUUCUAGUUUGCUUCCACGGCAAAUUUUUAAAAACUGUCGACAACAUUUUGCCAGGAUACAGUUGCGUAAUUUGGAAGUUUUGACUUUCCUAUAGAUUCACCUAAAGUCUUGAUCAAAACUUAUGGAUAUUUAUAUGUUAAUUUAGCUACUACAUGAAAGCUUUUUAUAUUGUGCUAUGUAGAUCAUGUUUUUGUUAUCUUAAAACGUGCAAGAUGUCCAUAUUUGAUAAAAUGUAAAUUUAAUAUUGAAGUGACAAAAAGUAUACUAAACAAUAUUUUACUUUUUUCUGUAAUCUUAAAUUUUGACCUCUGUCAUCCUAGAUGUUUUGGUCAUUUAAGAAAAAGGUGUGCAAUUACUCGAAAAAGUAUGUAUAUUCAAAAAAAGUACUGUGUAUAUAUGUGAGCCUGUAUCUUUUUUUACAGUAUUAUGUGCAUGUACAUCUAUAUUACAGCUGUCAAAUAUGUAUUUAUCCUAAAUUAUGUUGACACUCGAUGUGUGCAAAUGGGGAAAACAAUAUAGUGACAAAUAAUAUAGAAUUUCAGGUUGCUCCUUUGUCGUAGAAUGUUUUUGCUGUAGAGGUACAAAAAGAGAAAGCCAUGUGAAGGGAAUGUUUUUGGUGAUGUUUGAGGCGGGAUUUUCUGUUGCUGUGUUUGGCUAUGUCAGGUUUUCAACUGAUAGUUCUCCCUUUGAAACGUAAUCCUUUGAUAAUAGCCCAGAUCAAAAAUGUUCAGGGCUUCUAUCAUUCGUUACUUGGUUUUCUAGGAAGUUAACAUGUUGAAGGUUAGAAUAUUAAAUGGAAAUGACAUAGUCAGAUAUUCAACAGGUGACUUGAUUAUUAGAAACUUGAUGUUGUACAAGUUGGGUUGCUGUUUUGCUGAAGUGUACUGGAAAAAAAGUGAAGAAGAAAAGGAGUGUUGAAAUGGCAAAAGCAAAAAAGAAGGUUCAUUGUCUUUUGUAUGAUUACAUGUAAAGCUGUAUUGUUUUGAAAUGUUACAACAGACUAUAUAUCUAUCAAUCAAUGGUUAUAUGCAUGUACUGUAUACUCUCCAGGGAUUCCUUAUUUCGUAUGAAUGUAAAUAGCUGUUAAUAUGUACGUAUACUACAUGUAAAGAUGUUAGUUGUGUUGCUUCUAUUCCUCAUUUUCCUAAUUUCCUACAGUACUUGAAGUAACUUUACUUGGUGGCCCAGUGUAUAUUAUUUCCCCCACACACAAUAAUCCUGUCCUUGCAAUUUUGUCAGGUAUCCUUAUGAUGAUUCUUCAGCAUUGUCACUUGUUGCAUAUCUUGAGAUCAGUUAUGUUGGCCAGUAUGAAAUGGAUAGCACUAUAACACAAUGCCUGGAGUUUUCUGUACCACACAUAAGCAGCAAUAAAUACGGCAACCUUUGCUUACCUUUGGAA